AUGGUGCUGCAAAUCAUCCUUCGCUAUUUGGCCAACAACGAACAGCUCAUCCAACGUUUGGCUGACUCGUACCCGCUACGCAGAGCCGCCCAGAUGGUGCUGAGCGCUUACUAUCGCACCCGGUCGGUUGCCGAACAGCAGAAACUAGUCGGCAUGACACCGGAACGUCUGCAGCAAGCGCUACGGAGCUUCAAGUCGAACGUGCAGAAAGAGAUCGAAAAUGCCAAGAAUGAUUUGAGCAAGAAGAAGUGA